UUCCUCCUCGGCAUCCCCUCCGGGGAUCCCACAGGGCUGCAAUGCACCAGAGGAACGCGAAGCAAUGCGCAGGGCUCUUGCCCAGCCUGGAAACGGGCCCUGGGUGCCACUGAAGGACAAAAAGAGGAUCCUCAGGCUGCAGAAAGCAACCCCUCGCAGGGGUCCCAGGGGAAGGCAGGAGAUUGCAGCUCUGUCUUCUAUUCAGCUGGCCAGUUCUUCUUCGAGUACCUGGUGGUGGUGUCACUGAAGAAGAUGCCGGACGGACAUUAUGAACCCAAGAUAUCAUACCAGUUCCCAAAGCGCGAGAACUUGCUGAAGGGCCAGAAGGAGGAGGAGGAACGUCUCUUGCAAGCCAUCCCCCUCUUCUGCUUCCCCGACGGCAACAACUGGGCCCCCGUCGCCGAGUUCACCAGUGAAACCUUUUCUUUCGUCCUGACGAACGUGGACGGCAGCCGAAAGAUCGGCUACUGUAGGCGGCUGCUGCCAGCUGGCCGCGGCACCCGCCUCCCUGAGGUCUUCUGCAUCAUCAGCUGCCUGGGCUGUUUCGGGCUCUUCUCCAAGAUCCUGGACGAGGUGGAGAAGAGGCGCCAGAUCUCCAUGGCGGUCAUUUACCCCUUCAUGCAGGGCCUCCGGGAAUCGCCCUUCCCGGCUCCAGGGAAAACCGUCACCAUUAAAAGCUUCAUCCCCGAGUCAGGCACAGAGCUCAUCAAGCUCACACGGCCCGUGGAUGCCCACCUGGAGCACGUGGAGUUCCAGGCGCUGCUGCAGCGGCUCAGCCCCCAGCUCAUCCUGCACAUCUUCGCCUCCGCCGUCCUGGAGCGGCGGCUCAUUUUCCUGGCAGAGGAGCUCAGUGUCCUGUCGCAGUGCAUCCAUGCAGUGGCCGCUCUCCUCUACCCCUUCACGUGGGCUCACACCUACAUCCCCGUGGUCCCCGAGUGCCUGCUCGACACCGUCUGCUGCCCCACGCCCUUCAUGGUGGGCAUCCAGAUGCGUCACUUGGAGCGGGGCCUGGAUCAGCCGAUGGGNNAGGCCCUGCUGGUUGACCUGUGCAAAGGGAAGAUCCUCCAGGCGGUGGGCGACGAGGAGGAGAUCUUGCCCGCCAAGCUGCAGAACGAGGUGCUGACGUCCCUGAACCGGCACAACAGCAACAACAACGUGCAGACGUCCGAGCAAGUGAACGCGCUCGUCUCCGAGGCCUUCGUGCAGUUCUUCGUCCGCAUAGUCGGCCACUACGCCUCGCACAUCAAGUGGGGCAAAAACGGGCAGGGCACCUUCCAGGAGCGAGCGUUCUGCAAAGCCGUCGCCUCCAAGACCAACCGCAAGUUUGUGAAGAAGUUUGUCAAGACCAACAUGUUUUCCCUAUUUAUUGAGGAAGCAGAAAAGAGCAGGAUCCCCCAGGAAGCAUAUUUCCAGCAGAAAAUAGCAGAAUACCACGAACAAAAGAAGCACCGAAGGGACUCCUGAAGCCCAGCCCGGGGAGCGAGGAGCAGGGCUGGGGCUGAGCAGGUCUCUGCCAGCAGACCCGACCCGCGUCCCGUCGGCGGGCAGAGCGCGCCGGA